UGCUGCGGUGGUCCCCUCCCCCGCGCGGGGGAGGGGAGUCGGGACGAGGUUGGCUUUCUCCGCACGGUGUCUGGGCGUGGGCCCCCGCCGCAGCUCGGCGGAGCCUCGGUGUCUCCUGCAAAGGGGGGCGGGGGGAGCCGCGGUAGCAGCCCUGGGCUGCGGCUUCCUCCCCGCGCCGAGUCUCUGCGCACCGCCAAGCAGGACGCGAGCCCCAGCCUCGUCCCCACGCCGCGGCGCGCCUGGCCUCCCGGCCGACCUCAGAACAAUCAACCAUGACCACCGAAUCGGGAUCAGACUCGGAAUCCAAGCCGGAUCAAGAGGCCGAGCCUCAGGAGGCGGCAGGUCCCCAAGGGCACGAGGCGGAGCAUCCUGGGCCUGCAGAGCCCCCGGCCGAGAGCGGGGAGGAGCCUGCGCUUGAGCAGUUUGCAGGAGCCGCGGCACACAGCACCCCCGUGCACAGAGAGGUCACCGACAAGGAGCGGGAGUUUGCUGCCGCGGCUGCAAAACAACUUGAGUACCAGCAAUUUGAAGACGAUAAACUUUCUCAGAAAUCAUCUAGCAGUAAACUCUCUCGGUCUCCUUUAAAGAUCGUCAAGAAGCCAAAAAGCAUGCAGUGCAAAGUGAUACUUCUGGAUGGGUCAGAAUAUACCUGCGAUGUGGAGAAACGGUCCAGAGGGCAAGUGCUAUUUGAUAAAGUGUGUGAACACCUGAACCUGCUAGAAAAAGACUACUUUGGCCUCACAUAUCGAGAUGCUGAAAACCAGAAGAAUUGGUUGGACCCUGCUAAGGAAAUUAAAAAACAGAUUCGAAGUGGUGCUUGGCACUUUUCAUUUAAUGUGAAAUUUUAUCCACCAGACCCUUCCCAGCUAUCUGAAGAUAUUACCAGGUACUACCUCUGCUUACAAUUGCGAGAUGACAUCGUGUCCGGAAGGCUGCCCUGCUCUUUUGUAACCCUUGCCCUGCUGGGCUCCUACACAGUCCAGUCAGAACUUGGAGACUAUGACCCUGAUGAGUGUGGGAGCGAUUACAUUAGUGAGUUUCGCUUUGCACCAAACCACACUAAAGAACUGGAAGAUAAAGUGAUCGAGCUGCAUAAGAGCCACAGAGGAAUGACGCCAGCAGAAGCAGAAAUGCAUUUCUUGGAAAAUGCCAAAAAGCUCUCCAUGUACGGAGUGGAUUUACAUCAUGCUAAGGAUUCAGAAGGAGUAGAAAUUAUGUUAGGAGUCUGUGCGAGUGGUCUGUUGAUAUAUCGUGACCGACUGCGAAUAAACAGAUUUGCCUGGCCCAAGGUUCUAAAAAUUUCAUACAAACGGAACAACUUUUACAUUAAGAUCCGGCCAGGGGAGUUUGAACAAUUUGAAAGUACCAUUGGUUUUAAGUUGCCAAAUCAUCGGGCUGCCAAGCGUUUAUGGAAAGUGUGUGUGGAGCACCACACAUUUUUCAGAUUAUUGUUACCAGAAGCACCUCCAAAGAAAUUCCUAACCUUGGGUUCCAAGUUCCGUUAUAGUGGCAGAACGCAGGCACAAACAAGAAGAGCCAGUGCACUGAUAGAUCGUCCAGCGCCUUACUUUGAACGCUCGUCUAGUAAACGUUAUACCAUGUCUCGCAGCUUGGAUGGAGCAUCAGUGAAUGAAAACCAUGAAAUAUACAUGAAGGAUUCUAUGUCUGCUGCAGAGGUUGGUACUGGCCAGUACGCCACAACAAAGGGCAUCUCUCAGACCAACUUGAUCACCACUGUGACUCCAGAGAAAAAGGCUGAGGAAGAGCGGGACGAAGAAGAGGACAGACGGAGAAAGGCUGAGGAGGCCAUACCUGUUGCGACAAUCCGGCACGAGGGAAAGUCACCUGGGCAUGGCACUGACUCAUGUCCAUUGUCACUCCCAUCAGCACAUUUUGACCCUGCAUCUCCCACAGAGCUCCGUAGGAGGUAUAAGGAGAAUGAACGCAAACCACCAGGUUCCGAGCCACCUCCAGUUGAGCAUUUGCAUGGAGAGCCUGCCUUGGACACAGAUGGCCAAGGGAAGGCUUACUUAGGAGAUCAAGAUGUAGCAUUUAGCUACAGACAGCAGACUGGCAAAGGAACCACCCUGUUUUCCUUCUCCUUGCAGCUCCCUGACUCAUUCCCCUCGCUUCUAGAUGAUGAUGGGUACCUGUCUUUUCCCAACCUGUCUGAAACCAACCUCCUGCCCCAGAGCUUGCAACAUUAUCUUCCGAUCCGCUCUCCCUCCCUCGUGCCCUGUUUCCUCUUCAUCUUUUUCUUCCUGCUCUCUGCCUCCUUCUCAGUGCCAUAUGCCCUCACUCUCUCCUUCCCUCUGGCUCUGUGCCUCUGCUACCUGGAGCCCAAGGCAGCCUCCUUGAGCGCCUCCCUAGACAAUGACCUGAGUGACAGUUCAGAGGAAGAGACCGACAGUGAGCGGACGGACACUGCGGCUGAUGGGGAAACCACUGCCACUGAGUCGGACCAGGAGGAAGAUGCAGAGCUCAAGGCACAGGAGCUAGAUAAAACUCAAGAUGAAUUGAUGAAACAUCAGACCAACAUUAGUGAGCUGAAAAGAACCUUUUUAGAAACCUCGACAGACACUGCCAUAACGAAUGAAUGGGAAAAGAGGCUUUCUACCUCCCCAGUGCGACUGGCUGCCAGACAAGAGGAUGCUCCCAUGAUUGAACCACUGGUACCUGAAGAGAAAGUGGAAACCAAGACAGAGUCCAGUGAGACAGAGAUGGAAACAACCCCACACCACCAGCCCCUUAGCACUGAGAAGGUGGUACAGGAGACCAUUUUGGUGGAGGAGAGGCACGUGAUGAAUGUGCAUGCCAGCGGGGAUGCUAGGGACAACAUAGAUGCUGCAGCACAGUCCGCAUCCACAGAGGCUCCCAGUGUGAAAGCAAAAGAGGGCUCAGCUCUGACGGAAGGAGCUAAGGAGGAAAGAGGGGAGACCGAUAAAGCUGCCCCCGAGCAGGAAGACACAGCCACUGCCUCCCAAAGGCAAGAGGAGGAGCAGAGCGAAGGUGUCCCCAUCGCUGAGGCUGCAGAACAAAAGCCUCAUUUCGAGUCAUCCACUGUGAAGACGGAAACCCUGAGUUUUGGCAGUGUUUCACCAGGCGGAGUAAAGCUAGAAGUUUCUAGCAAGGAAAUGCCAAUAGUUCACACAGAAACAAAGACCAUCACGUACGAGUCAUCACAGGUUGAUCCUGGGGCUGAUCUGGAGCCAGGCGUGCUGAUGAGCGCACAGACAAUCACAUCUGAAACCACCAGUACCACCACCACCACGCACAUCACCAAAACUGUGAAAGGAGGCAUUUCAGAGACACGAAUUGAGAAGCGAAUAGUCAUCACCGGAGAUGCAGACAUUGACCAUGAUCAGGCACUGGCUCAGGCAAUUAAAGAGGCCAAAGAGCAGCACCCUGACAUGUCAGUGACCAAAGUAGUGGUCCAUAAAGAGACAGAGAUCACACCAGAAGAUGGAGAGGAUUGACCAGAGGAAUAAUUUAGCUUGCACAUGAAUCCAGUCAUGCAAACCAUUAGGAAAACCAGAGCCUAUAUGGAGUUCCCUCUUCUAACCCAACUGACUCGUAUCUGUCCGUGGAAAAUUCCAAUCCAGAAGAAUUGACCUUGACCAUUCAUAAAGACCCUGGCAGAGAGAUCUUCCCAUAAUAAAGCAAUCCAAAUCAGCAUCACUAAACUGAUAUUGCAUGAAGCAACAAUAAGAUUACAAAAGAGCAGCCUUUUAAUUUUCACAAAUCGUCUCAGUUUUCACCUCUAUCUGCACGUUCAUAACCGACAAUAUAAACCUUGAUCUCAUGUAACACAUAAACAGCUCAUGCCUUUCCUACUUUAUUAUUAUUAACAUCUCAACAAAAUUGCAAUUUCCUAGGUGACAAAUCUUUUGUUUACAGAAUAUUGAAGAGUAUCCUAAAAUGUUAGAAGCUGUCUAG